CUGUCAACUUCACAACUCAAUUCCGAAAUCAGUACCAAGAGGAUCGCCGAGCGCAGCGUACGUACCUCGCUCCUCUCCGUUCUUGCUGGCUUAAUGUCUUCAUUACCGUGAGUGUUUGCGUUUGACCUGCCUCGUGUUUGCUCGGAAAGUUAGCCCGGUGUGUGCACAGUUACUUCUGAGGAUCUGCGGAAAGUGUGACCGGUGCGGUGUUUGUUUGCUCGCCGGUGUUUUGGUGUUUUUCUCCCUCCGGUUUUAGUGGUUGUGUCGGGAGCUGGAAGUGUUGCACGAGUGUUGUCGAUGUGCCGAUGAUACGCCUUUUUAAUUUGGAUGGAUUCUGAAUGGAGGCUCCGGAUACAUCCGACUUGAUUUUCUCUGAGCAGGGAUGUUUCUUCAGCAAGUGUCGCUGAUGGUGGUUUACUUGGCGAGCAUGGCACUGGGGAUGGAGAUCAGCCACGUGGGUGACUCGGACUUGUCCGUUGGCGGGGGUUGGGGGGCCCCGGAGGGCGAGAAGGUGAGCUCCUGCUACGAGGCCCAGCAGAAGUGCGCCUACCGGAGCGGGUGCAGCUUCGCGCUGACCAGGUACUUCUCCGGCUGCUACAGCGUCCUCAACGACCCCAACCCCAACCCCAGCCACUGCCCGACCUCCUGCCAGCACGCUCUCAUCGCCCUCACGUCCUCCGACGAAGGCAAGGAAUUGACGCAGUGUAACUGCACGGACAACCAUUGCCGGGAGCAGAAGAAGCGGGUGGAGGUGUGCCGGCCGUCGGUGCUGACGGCGACGCAGGCGGAGUCGGUGGUCUCGUGCGAGGUGGCCCAGUGGAUCUGCUCCUCGGAUGGGCAGUGCUCGACCGCCCUCGAGUACUACCACAAGCACUGCAAGGCCAUGUUCCGCGGGAAGAAGUGCUCCAAGCGCUGCCUCAACUCCAUCAACAUCCUCAUGCGCCAGGAGAAGGCCAAGAAGCUCAACACCUGCAUCUGCAACUCCCGCGACGGCGUCCAGUGCUGGACCGUCCAGAGGAACAUGGACCGACUCUGCUUCAACAAGACCCGCAAGCCGUGCGAGCGACUCGAGUCCAACGAGAUCUUCCCUCUGGAGUGCAACUCCGGUUCUUCAACCCUCGUCGUCUUCACCUCCGUCGCCCUCUCCUUCUUCAUGUUGUUGAAGCCCAUCAGUAGUUUCCUCACCGUUUGACACUUGACAGACUCAAGUUUGACCGCCCGGCGGCCCCUGAUGUGCUAGAAGAGUGCAACUCAAGUCGAAUGUGAUUAAGGAGCAGCCCUAUGUGUACUAGAUGAGAGGGUAAAGAAGAUUUCAACCCAAGAUGAACGAAAUCGUCUCCAUACAUUCGUGCUUCCCACUUCGGUUGCCCUCUCGCUUUUGUUGUUGCUGAAAUCCAAUAGCAGCAGCAGAAGUGGCAGUUUCCUCACAAGUUUGUAGAUCCCUUAAUGGGUCAGUUGCGCUGGUCACAAUAUCUUUGUUUUGAUGCUUGGUUUUUGUAUAUCAGCAAAGAAAAAUGAGAUCUGUUCAAACAGCAAUUUUCUGCGUUCAAUAAUAACCGAGAUAUCACGCUUUGAAAAAUGACGUCAUCCACCGCGGUAGUGACACCCUUUGUAUCUUCCACCUCACUUUCAUCAAUCGGUGAGAAACACAUUUGCAAGAAUUCGGAAGAAACCAAGGGUGUCACUGUCGCGGUGGUUGACGCCAUUAACCGAAUUUUUCAAAGCGUUAUACCGCCGUUAAUAUUGAACGUUAGGAGUUGCUGGUUGGACAGAUAUCAUUACUUUUAGCCUAUCUACAAGAAUCGAGCAUCGAAACACGAUUCUGUAACCAGCACAACUCACACAUUGAACUAGGUUGCGGCCAUGGAUGGACUCCUUGGCAAGCUGUGAAAGAAGGGAAAAAAGCAUGUAUCUGAAUCAGCACUUCUGUGCAUCUGCUCUAGUUUAAGAAACACGCACGAAUGUAUGAAUUCAAUGCUUAAACUCCAAAGUCUUAUAUUUCAAGCGUGACGCGCCGAAAUUUUCGCGCAUUUUCGAUUUAUUUUCUAGAAUCAACACCAACUUAAACUAGAAAUUUUCACCGAUUGAAGAGGAUCCGGUACAGAAAAUCAAAAAAUAUUCCAAGACCCAAUGUAUUUUUGUUUACGAUUUUCUGAAAGGACGUAUGCGCAGGAAUUUUGAAACGUUGCGAUUGAAACCCUUGAUUCUCAACCUAAUCCAUCGAAAUGCCCUUGUCCACAUUGCGCUGUUCGUCAAAAUUCUUUACGAUAGGGAGUUUUUGCAAGAGGUAUCUGCCUGAGCCGUACAAAAUCCAAGUGCGUGCAACUUAAGUUGCAUCAUCAAUUAGUCAAGCCCUCACCGUCUUUUAUUAUUUUCCUAUAAACGCUCUUUCCCUCGCCUGUUAAUUGUUAACUACCCAAUUAAUUGUACCCUUCCACUCCACAACGCUCUCGUUGCCCGAAUUGGACGUACUUCUAUCAAACGGGACUAAGUGCAUUAUGACGUGAGCCCUAAAACCCAUAAGAAUAUGUGCAUAUCAGGGCUCACGUCGUUAUGCACAUAGUUCCGUUUGAUAGAAAUACGUCCAAUUUAUGUCCGCUAUCUGUGGUUUAUCGAAGCCAUCACAUCAACGCUCUUGGUGGGCCUAUUUCAAGCUUGUUUUUUCGUCGGAGCGUUGAUGAAUGUUCCACGCAGUGGCGUGGCGUGUUUUGCGAUUUAUCGAUCGAUCUGCCAUUUAAAACUAUGGAAAAGGAUCGAUACACAGGGUGUUUGCAACGAACACCUUAAAAAUCGAUUAUUUACUAUACUUUUAAAUGGCAGAUGGGUGAAUCGUUAUCGAAUGAUCCUGACCGAUGAAUCCCUAUCCUAGCAAUGCUUUUUAUCGAUCAUGGUCGAUUAUUUCCGAUACAUUCCAUAUCGAUUCGACGAUCGAGACUCCGGUGAGUGGAAGAGCCGAUGCAAAAGCUGAGGCAUCACAGUGAUCACAAAGUAAACUUCUAUUUUAAAAGUUUUUUUUGCAAGAUAAUAAAAUUGAAGGGAGAAAUGUAAUUUUCAGCCCAGAAACCGCAGUUUCUAUACUUUUUAUGGGUUAGAAAGUCUUAACAUGAUAUUUAGACUUUAAACCCAAAAAGAUUCUCUCCCGGAAUCUUAGGAAUGGUAUAACUUUUCAUUUUCGCCUCCUUCAUUCACCAAAAGUUUCCUCUGAUAUGUCACGCAAGGCUUGAUUUUGAUGUAGUCUUUUUUUCCUCUUUUUUCUUUUUAAUCGUUUUCAUGGCCUUUAAAGCGUAAUCAGUGACUUUUGUGAUGCUUUCUUCAAUCCGAGGAAUUCUCGAUAAGAAGAGUUAAGAGCAAGUUAUUGCACUGAUUCAGGUUCUAGGUAUUCUAUGGGAAUGAACCCAUUUAUUUAUUUUCCUUAAAAAUGUUCCGACAAAACCUUUGACGGCCUUUCAUACAUUUUAAACUCAUUUGAUUUCCAUUUUUCCCGGUCUUUUCUUAGGGCUGAUGAUUUUUACGUCUUCAGACAGAUUUUGGCGAAUAGUAAAAAAUUCUCGAUCAACUGCAACUAAUAUUUUAUUUUUUUUUAUUUUUGUGUUUUUAAAUUGUUGUAUUAACUGCAUUCCCAGUCGGACCGCAUGAAGCAGUCUAAAGCAAAUAAGCCUUAUGAUAAACCUGAACGAAGUCAAUCCUUGUUUUUCCCCUCUAUCAAUGCUGAGCGGCAAGUUAAAGCGAUCACCGUUCUAUUUUUGGCUUCGAAUAAAUUAAGGAUCACCAGCACAUCGAUGUUUGUAAUCACCCGGUGAAACUGUCAUGUUCAGCUGAAUCCAACCUCGAAGGAAUUUUACUGUGUUUAAGUUAAGGCGGUAGGAGGCAAAAGAUUUAUUGCGUUUAACAACUGGAGUUUUUUUCUCAUUUUAUUGCCCAACAACAUUACACGUGUUUCAGGAAAUUAUUAAGAAUUUCAGUGAGAAAAUCAAUUGAAAUUUUCAGUAGUUUUUAUCAGAUUCAUAUUCCCUUUGAAAUUUGUCAGUCCUACGGAAAGGGACUCGCAAAGUUUUCUACAAGUUACCCAGUGAAUAACUUAAAUCCCGAUAAUUAGGCGUUUUUAAUUGAUUUUUGUAGAUAGUUGUUUGUAAUUUGUUAUUUCUUUGUACAUAGCAUCCUUUAAUUUAGUUUUAAGUUGUUAUCUACCUCAGAUCGUUUAUUUCUUUUGUAUGAAUACACUUUAUCAAUAUUGGAAUUUGAUGAGCUGUUCAAAUGUUCAAAUUCAUUCUUUUUAUGUUCUAUUAAAAAAUCAAAAUGUUCGAUUUUCAAGGCAUCAUGACUCUUAUUCAGGAAAUGAUGAUCCCUCCGUAGUUUUUUGCAUUUUUUUCUUCCGGUGAACUAAGUCAUUGAAAAAUCAUUGUGUUAUUUUAUUCUUUCAAAAUUUUGAAGCGAAUUCAAAUAAGCACUCAUUUCCCUAAUGUAUCCUUCCACCAGAUUGUUGAGCCUAUCAGUUGUAUAUUUAUACACUGAUGUAUUAUCAAUAAUUCCUGCUCAAAAAUUGAAAAAAGUUGUUUGUACCUAUGUUCGGUAUUUGUAAAGUCGUUAUUUUUUAUGUUUUAGUUUAUCUCUUUGUAUAGAUCCUCCUUGCAUUUUUUAUUUUGUGUUUUACACCAAAUAUAUCCUCGACAAAAUUAA